AGAGGGGUGGGGGCACAGAGGAAGGGUUAAAGUAACCAGUGGAAGACGGGGUGUAGGGCUGGGCCUCAGUAAGGGAGGAGGAGGAGGAGUAGGAGAAGGAAGGGGGGGGGGGCUGUAUAAAAACUGACAGAACACAAGUGGUGCUUUAUCCACCCCGUCCCGCUCUGGGUAAGAGGAAACCCUUAACUGCUCCAGCUCCACCAGCUUCCCCCCUUUCUUUCCCUGCCUUUUCACACUCACACCCGUCGGACGUGUGCACUCUCAGGACAAGAAUGGCAGCAUCAUCUACGAAGAGGACAAACGGGCCCUGCAAAAUGUUGGCUUUCACGCUGCUUCUUGUCGCCUCGCUCUUAAAUGCAGGAGUCACGGCGCAGGACGAUGAUGUGGUCACAGCGACGGUGCCACCUGUGGCAGCAGAGUCAUUUGUACGAGGAGACAGGAUUCCACAGGCAACAACUGAAGCUCCUGCUGCAGAGCCAGAGGAUCCACAAAUCUUGGUUCUCCCGAGUCCGGGACCUCUAGAACCGACUGAACAGACUACAGCAGCAGAAGAAGCAACGACACCGACAGCUACAGAAGAGGCAGCUGAUGUGGUAACUGGAAUCACAGUUGAGGUACAAACUGUAGCCAUAAUCGCGCAACCAGAGACGCCAGCACCUAUGCCUCCCAGGGGCGACGGCCCCAACAACAUUCCACGGCUGGUGCCACAGGAUGAUGUCGUCUGUGUCAGCAAAGAGGCGGUCCAGGACAAAAACGCAGUCAAUCUCAAACUCAAGGCCUCCUCCAACUGUAAAGACACCAAGGUGAAGAUUGAAAGUGUUCUGCAGGAGCUGUGUGGUGAAGACUGUAAGCUAGAUAUCUACCAAGAGGACAACACAGCCGAAAUUAUUGUAUCUGGAAAAUAUGUUGAAGAUGAUGUUGCAGGCAUGGCUGACAAGUUCAACAAUGACAACAUCAAAGAUAAGACUGAUGUGAAGGAGGCUGUUCCUCGUUGGGGGAAGAACUCUAAGUUGGUACUGGUUUCCUUGCUGCUGACUGGCCUGUUGCUGGCUGCGUUGCUGGUUGCUGGUUAUUACCUCAAGACCCACCGUAAGAACUCCAAAGGAGUCAGACUGGCCGAAUCUUUCCAAGUGGAUGAGGAGUACCAGGCCAACACCCUGGUGUCUGUGGCCCCCCUGCCCCAGGAUCCACUCGACAAGCCGACCGGCAACGGCGAGUCUCCACCGGAAAAUGGGACCAACCCCGCCCCCACUACCAACGGACACUCUGCCACCCAGACCCCAGUGGCUGACACGGAGAUGUGAAUCAUGACACCCCUGACCUCCUGUUCUACCCAUCACCCACUGGGACACACUACACACAAACCCCCUCUGCUGCCUCAGAGACUGUCCACACACUGAGACAAAUUCAAUCAAAUACAUUCACCUCCCCUCUUCCUCUACUGCACCUCUCGGGACGAUGAUGAUGACGACAACAACAACGACGCCUCCCACGAUGACGAUAAUGACAAUGCCUGUAAUGUGAAAAGUUUGGGAACACUGGCCUUUGCCGGUGUCAAGAGGAGCCUACAUACGCUGUGUUUGGGACUGAGACUGCUCAGCAGGGCGCUGACUGGGAUGCCCUGACUUCAGUCUAGUUGAAACAAUCAUUGUAGAAUCCCCAAAUAAUGCCAAAUCUGUGCUGAAGAAGCAGCCAUUGCUCUAUUAUUUCAAUCCACGAUUGUGGUGCAUUGAAACCAACGAAGCCAGGCAGUUGAAAGGGGACCAGUUUUGUACUGUUUUAAAAAGGACUGACGCUCACUCGAUUGUUUUUUUUUUCUCUUUCUAUUUGAUUCAGGAAAUGUUUGUUUUCGUAGCCUCUCUUUUUGCCUUAACCUUGUUAAGACUGUAAUACAAAAACUGCCAGGUAUUUGCAAAGAAAGUGCUUGUUACUGUUGUUAACCAAUCGACAUAGUAUUAGCAAUGUACAAAAUAGAUAAGAUAACAAGCAGCAAACGUUAUUUGGUUUUACUGAUGAAUGAGAUAAUGGUACCAAGCUAUUCAUAACAUGGAAAUGUCAGCUGAAAACUAUCAGUAUUUGCCUCGGUGCUUUCGACUGAUGAGCAUAAUGAACAACUGAACCUUGACAACUACUGACCUUUGGUCAAAGUUUAAUUGGGAUAAGUUGCAAAGAACAUUUCUAUUUUUGUGAUAGCGUGGUGAUGUUCAUGAUGACAUUAGUGUACAGUUUUUGUUGUUGUUGUUUUUUUUUUAACAAAUGCAAACUUCUACUUCUCUCACUGCUGUCUCUGGGAAUGGUGAAGAGCAGCAGCGUUUUUAAAUUCAGAGAAAAAGGAAAAACACCAAGUUGCCGAGCUGGUAAACAAAAUCACGGCCGUGACAUUUCUACACAACAUAAAUCAGGUUCAGCAUUCCCAAGACCGCCUUUAUCUCCUUGUUGAUAUAAAACAUGUUGUUUUUUACAUCAGUGGUACAUAUUUUUUUAGCUUCUCUUUUGAACAUCUGGCUGCUUUCAUAAUGUACUGCAUGUGUAAAUAAGCCUGCUCUCUCUCUGUUAGUAGUACCUGUGCCUGACUCAUAAACUGUGAUUGUUGACAAUA